AUGCCUCCCUUCCUGAUGCAGAUGCCUCCUGCACUGACUUGGACACCUCCCAUCCUGAUGCAGAUGCCUCCUUCACUGACUUGGACGCCUCCCAUCCUGAUGCAGAUGCCUCCUUCACUUACUUGGAUGCCUCCCAUCCUGAUGCAGAUGCCUCCUGCACUGACUUGGACACCUCCCAUCCUGAUGCAGAUGCCUCCUUCACUGACUUGGACGCCUCCCAUCCUGAUGCAGAUGCCUCCUGCACUGAGUUGGACGCCUCCCAUCUUGAUGCAGAUGCCUCCUGCACUGAUUUGGACGCCUCCCACACUGAUGCAGAUGCCUGCUGCACUGACUUGGACAUCUCCCAUCCUGAUGCAGAUGCCUCCUGCACUGAUUUGGACGCCUCCCAUCCUGAUGCAGAUGCCUCCUGCACUGAGUUGGACACCUCCCAUCCAGAUGCAGAUGCCUCCUGCACUGACUUGGACGCCUCCCAUCCUGAUGCAGAUGCCUCCUUCACUGACUUGGACGCCUCCCAUCCUGAUGCAGAUGCCUCCUACACUGAGUUGGACGCCUCCCAUCCUGAUGCAGAUGCCUCCUGCACUGAGUUGGACACCUCCCAUCCUGAUGCAGAUGCCUCCUUCACUGACUUGGACGCCUCCCAUCCUGAUGCAGAUGCCUCCUGCACUGAGUUGGACACCUCCCAUCCUGAUGCAGAUGCCUCCUGCACUGAUUUGGACGCCUCCCAUACUGAUGCAGAUGCCUGCUGCACUGACUUGGACACCUCCCAUCCUGAUGCAGAUGCCUCCUGCACUGAGUUGGACGCCUCCCAUCCUGAUGCAGAUGCCUCCUGCACUGAGUUGGACACCUCCCAUCCUGAUGCAAAUGCCUCCUGCACUGACUUGGACGCCUCCCAUCCUCAUGCAGAUGCCUCCGUCACUGACUUGGACGCCUCCCAUCCUGAUGCAGAUGCCUCCUUCACUGACUUGGACGCCUCCCAUCCUGAUGCAGAUGCCUCCUGCACCAGCUUGGGUGCCUCCCACCUUGACGCAGAUGCCUUCUGUACUGACUUGGACACCUCCCAUACUGAUGCAGAUGCCUGCUGCACUGACUUGGACACCUCCCAUUCUGAUGCAGAUGCCUCCUGCACUGAGUUGGACGCCUCCCAUCCUGAUGCAGAUGCCUCCUGCACUGAGUAGGACACCUCCCAUCCUGAUGCAGAUGCCUCCUGCACUGACUUGGCCGCCUCCCAUCCUGAUGCAGAUGCCUCCUUCACUGACUUGGACGCCUCGCAUCCUGAUGCAGAUGCCUCCUUAA